CCAGAUCUCCCUAGAAAGAAACUUGCAGGAGAGCUUGAAAUUGAAUUGAUUUCAGAGGUUUCUUUUUGAGGAAGAGAAAAUGGAAGAUCUGAAGAUGGCGAUGAACGAACACAUGGACCUAAUGGCGGAUCUCGUACAGAAAUUCACUGCGGAGCUCCGUACUGGAUUCCAGCCUGCUUACGAUAAUUUCAUUGGUUUCUUCCACGCUAUCGAUUGGAAGGAGCCAUGGUUAAUUGGCUUGUUGUUGUUCCACUUUGCCCUGUUGCUAGUAACUUUCUUAUCAAGGAAGCAUAUCAAUUUCCAAAUGUGCUUGUUCCUUUUGGCAUUGAGCGGUGUUUAUCUUGCUGAGACAAUCAAUAAAUUUCUGGGGAGCAACUGGAAAAAGUUUGCAGGCCAGAAUUAUUUUGAUCCACGAGGCCUUUUUCUUUCAGUGCUCUGGUCUGGACCCCUUCUGCUGAUUGCUAUCAUAAUUUUGUUGAAUACCCUCUUCUCUUUAUGCCGACUACUAAUUAAGUGGAAAAGAGCCGAGCUCAGGCAUCGGGCACGACUUGCUAGAAACAAGCAGGAUUAGUUUUGGUCACUGACUGGUGAGGUUCAGAACGUUCUUAGUGUAUAACAGUUUUUUCCUCAUUUUUGGCUUCAUUAGUUGGGUCUCAGGAAAGCCUUGGACUGACCACUCCCUCUAUGAAAUAUUGUUUCCGCGUGGCUUUGGUUGAGAGAGCUCAAUUAAUCAUCUCUGCGGUUGCCGUUCAUUCAGUCUCCUUUGUGAAUUAGCUUUCUUCCUGGGUGUACCUUUUUCAUGGUAGGAGAUUCAGAAUAUUUAGAGCUGAAGGUUGGCCGUACUGAGUUCUAUGCAUGAUUUGGCACUGUAGUUUUACAAUCUCUACUAAAUAUGCAAUUUUGGCAAACUCUAUUGUAUGGGUAAUUUGGCUAAGAUAAUGUAUGGUUGGUAAACAAGUAUCGGUUUUUUCAUAAGUUACAGAAUAUAUUAUCAAA